CCUCCUUUUCUUUGUCCUGACUAGCCCCCCUCUCUGUACCCGCGAAAACCUGUGCAGAAGUAGUGUUAGGCAGUGCCGAUCCACAGUGACCGUCUUUCUUUACGUCGUCGCUCAGCUGCGCCUACUUUCGUGUGUGAGCGAACGUAUCCGGCGUGCCAAAUGUCACUAGGUGGACGAUAGGGUCGAAAUACACUCGAUCCUCUACGUCAUACACACGCACGCGUUAACCAGUGCCAUGUAUACAAGACGAUAGUGAAUGUUGUGAAACGAAGGUGAAGGAAGAAGAAGAACCGACGAAGUCAGACAGAAAGCGAGAAAGAGUGGGGGAAAAAAAAAAAAUAUAAAGACGAAGAGGAAGAAGCAACACGAGUACAGUGAAACGUCGUUAAGGAAAAAAGGAGGAAAGAUACCACGGGUGACGAGCGAACUAGCGAGAAAGAACCUCGAAUAAGGGACGUACGUGAAAGAAACAGAGACGAGAAAAUUGUCGAACCCGGGUACAGGCGACGGAGGGAGAACGAUAUAUUCGAGAAACAGGAGCGAGGAUCGGGAGAGGAAAAAGAAAAAAGACGGUUCUUGAUGUCUAUCGCGGUUGGAGAGGCCUGGCCGUCGCUUUGCCGUACGCGAAUCUAGCGCCCGUUGGAGAUCGUGCUAGCCUCGUGUGUGCCGUCGUUACGUGCACGUAAGCGAACGCAGCCAGCAAGGCGCGCGGACGUACGUGAAAAGGAGGAAGGUGGCGGUGGAAGAGGAGGAAGAGAAGGAGAGGCGGUCGAAUAGGCGGGUGGAGAGAAAAGUUCGAGAGGCGGCAGCAGCGCCGACCAGCAACGUCAACAACAACAACAACAACAGCAACACAUCGCCGCGGUCUACGGGGCUGCUCGUGUGCGUUUCUGAACGUUCGUCGCGUUGUGUGUCGCGCGGUGCAAGUGCCGGGGGAUUGCAGGGAAAGAGAUAGUGAACCGAAGCCGCCAGAAUUACGCCAAAUCGGGGAAAUAUGAGCAUUGCUGCCCUACUACAGGCCGCCGAGUAUAUUGAACGAAGGGAAAGAGAAGCUGAACAUGGCUACGCUUCGACGAUGCCGAUACCCGAUGAUAUGCGGACGGUCACAAAAAGGCCAAAGACGAAAAAAUCCCAGGGCAGCAGGACUACUCAUAACGAGCUAGAGAAAAAUAGGAGAGCGCACCUCAGAAAUUGCCUUGAAAAGCUGAAGGUAUUGGUUCCGUUGGGCCCAGAAACCUCGAGACACACCACCUUGGGGCUCCUGACCAAGGCGAAGCGUUUUAUCAAGAACCUGGAGGAACGGGAACGGAAGCACGCCGUGCACAAGGAACAACUGUCCCGCGAGCAGAGGUUCCUCAGGCGACGGCUGGAGCAGCUGACGAGUCAGUCGGGCCUGAAUGGGCUCCACGGGUUGCACGGUUUGAGCUCGAGCGCGCCGACCGGUUCCUCCUGCGGCCCUGGGGCAGCAGCCGCCGCCGCGGCGCUCCUCUCCAAACGUCGAAGCGUCUCCGAGUGUUCGCUCGGCACGGCCUCUUCCACCAGCUCCACGGCCAGCUCCAGGAACUCCGACAGGUCUGCAGGCAGUCCAUCCGUCUCGGAGUCCGAUGAAGUAGACGUGAUCGGUUAUACGAGCAACCAGUCGGACACCGAUGAUCACAGCAGCGUGCAGAGCAGCAGCGACAGUGGCGUCGCUAUGUCCACCUCCAGGCUGACCCUUUCCGAAAUGAUGGACAACCUUUAGACAAAGAGAUGGCGCGGUGGCGGCGGAAGAAAGCGGAGGGAGAGCACUUGAGGGGGCGGAAGACGACGAAGAAGCGGAGGGAACAGAACACGAGAAGGAAAGGUACCGACGCGAGGGCUUGGACUGCGGAAGAAACGGGAGACGGGGAACAAGGAACAAGAAAGGGAAGAGAAGGAAGAAAAACCCGUCGUAGCGUGCCAAAAUCGACACCCAUCUCUGUCCAGAGGGUCACCAUUUUGGGGAACAUUCUGUGGAGAGAACGCGGGGAGGACUGAACAACGCACCGCGAACGACGGAGAGAUAUAGAAACCGACCAGUGCCAGGAGGACAGCGAAGGAGAAGAAGAAGACACUAGCGACGUGGCGGGAAGGGAAAGCGUGUCGGGGCAGGAGGCGCGAGAGUGCAGCGGCGAAGCCAGAGCGAUGGGAGAAUACGGCGUGUAAAUUGUCGAGUGCCGACGAGUAUUGUACAUAUUUUUAAAGGGAGACCAAAUUUAUUGGAAGCCUUGGGGCACGGCGAAUGCGAGUAAAUAAGACGUGGGGAUUAAAGGUGUCGGAUUCCGAGCGUUUCUUUCUCUCAGAUACGACCGAAGAAACGUCAGGGAUCGAUCGGAGACGGCCAGAACGAAACGCGGGUGUACCCGUCUGCGACCGAUCGAUGACGAGACACGUGGCGGGUUUGGCCCCAAGGACCGGUUCCGGUGGUGUGAAAUCGCGGGCUUCGUUGCUUCCUCGACGAUCGUCGCGGGAUUCCCCCUCCCGUUAACCGUAGUUCCCGGUUUCGAGAUCGAAUUUUUACCCCGGUUACAAGUUACGGGAUCGCCCCCCACCCCCCACCACGCGACCGUGUUUGGCAUUCGCGUUCAGCGCGUAACCCGCGUCGACUCAUUGGCCUCGUCUCCGGGAUACGAAUCGCUGUUGGCCCGCUUUCGAGCGAAUUCCCGGAACCCCUCCCCCACCAAAUUUUGGUUGCUCGAAAACGGGAACUAACGUGCUCGAUCGAGGGAGAACGGAAGCUUUGUCGUCCCGCUCCGCCUCGUUUUUCCCCCGCUCGUCCGGCGGAGCGGACGUAUUAUUUUUUUUCCUUUUUUUCUUUUUACUUUUGCGAUCGUCUUUUCAUUGGUAUAUAUUUCGUUGAAACGCCGCGCGACGUCGACUUUGUCAAAGACGGAAGCACGAUCGUCGUCGUUCGCGAAGAGGAAAGCGCGCGAUGACAAAUUAAAGCAACGUUUUUACUCAUUUUGGUUUCGCGUGUUAUCGUCGUUCGACGUUUCGCGGGCUGUUUCGAGAAGCAACCUGCUCGCGAACGCGGGCGCGAAAUAAGAAGAAAAAAGAAAAAAAAAUGGUAAAAAGAAAAAAAAUCUUCGGUUGCGAGGAGAACUGGGAACUGAUGUACAGACGGGACCGCGAAAGAUCUGUCCCGGGUGACACGCGACCGAACCAGAUCUGUGAACAGUACGAUCUUUCAUCGAAUCGAAUCGUUGGGGGCGGUGCCACCGCCGCGGCGGGCGGAGCGAUGGGCGUUCCUCUCGCGCCACGCCUCCCGGGGUCGAGACGCUCGCGGUCCCGUCUGUACCCAGCAGAGAGAUCGGAGAACCAGUCGAUCCGGACAAACGUUUGCCGCGCGUAUCGAAUUGGCAAAAUCAGGGACGAGGGUAAAACCCCGAAGGGAUCGUUCGCCCUGUGAAGGAAGGAAACAAAGGCGGUUAAUUGCGAACGAGCUCGCCGCGACGGAUUUCUUCGGGAGCCCUGCGGUUUUAAUUAACCGAGCUGAGAAAAAAAAAAAUACACGAUGAACACGCGAGUAGUACACGCACGUACAUUACACACGCAACCACUUCAUUACGCGCCGAGAGCCAAGGGGACGGAAGCAAAAUCGACAAAAAAAAAAAAAGGUACACGGCUAAUGUAAGACCACACAAACACACAGACACACACACACACACACACACACUGAGAGAGAGACACUUGCGUAUACGUUUUUCGGAGACGCGCAGUUACACACGAUCGUCGCUAAACGACAGAACAGAAAAUGGGUUGAAAAGAGAAAAAAAAAGUAACACACGUAUACGUUGAACGGUUAAGUUAAUUAAGAGAGAGAAAGAGAGAGAGAGAGAGAGAGAGAACCCUCUGUGCGCCGCGAAACGGCGGUGAAGAAAAUAAUUCUUAUUAUCUUAUGGUAUAAGUAACGUAAAGAAAAAGAAAAAAAAAAAACAAAAAAAACAUCGUUUCAUUGUAAUACACAUUCAAAGAGUACAAAUUCUGUAAGUCCCUCGUUGGGCGUUUCGAGGCUGUACCACCUGUUGUUGUUACGUGAGAUCGCGUUUCUUUUUUGCAACAACGCCACUUUCUUCGCGUCGAGGGAACGAGACGUAAAACGGCGUACGCAGUCCAGGGUGGGCGGGGGGAAGGGGGCGUGGCGGCGAGCGAGGUAGAGGGGAGGCGCAGCGCGUUAAAACGGGGAACAAUGUUUCUGGCGCGUAACGGUGGAGUCAGACGGAGGAAAGAGAGCCAAUUAUGGGGGAACGUCGUACGAGAUAACGUUUCGGAAGGAAAUAAGGUCGUGUACCAAGGGUCCAAAGAGCUCCGAGAGGGAAAUCGAUCGAUCUUUUUCCGCUACCGAUACGACCGGAAUAACGCCUGUUACACAAUGGCUGGCGACUCGGUGAUCAACUGUCUAGUUGGGGCUCCGAGUCUCCACUUUGCGGUUCGAGUGGGGCUCUGCUCUCCUGACCUAACGGGGUUAGGGUCACCAGCUGUCCGUCGCUGAAACGAUCGAGGGUCUCGUAUCGAGGAACAUUUUCGAAUUCGCGAUAUUUUCACCAGCCUUAACCAGACGAUCGUCGGCCGGUUUCAAGUUACCAAAAUGACGUCAGAAGACAAUCGUCCGUGAACGAUCCGAGACUCUCCGUGUAACAGGACCGUCGCUGGGAACGACCGUGACGCUCUCGGAUCGAAUUAGCGGGGAACGGAAAGCGGGCGGGGAGAGAAGAGGUUCGCGGGCUAGGUUUACGCAGACCAGAUAGACUGAUUACCAAACGUAACGAGUGAUCUCUUGAAAAAAAAACAAACGGUUUAAACGGCGUUAGUUUGUAAGAAAAAAUAAACACGAAAACUAAAACAAGCGUUUACCUUUUCGGAAUAGGACGAUUUCGACGGUUGGACGAGCCUGAAUCCGUGUUUGGGGGAACGUUUGAAGUGUUUUCUCGCAGAGGGUACCCUCGAUGAACGCGCGCGCGCGCGUGCGCGAUAACAAGUACCGGCGGAAGCGUAAAAGAUGCGGCCUCGGUUGGAGUGCGGGUCCCAAUCGGUCGGAAAUCUUUUUGCUCCGCCCUCGUGACGCACACUAUGGCUACGAAGAGAUCUGUUCGGGUGGUGUCGAGUUCGAUUCCUAACGCGUGACAGCGAAGCGCGGGUGUUCGGUUCUGGAACGAAGGCGGGUCCUUUUCGUCACGCCCACCGCUCAGAUUUACGAACGGUGUCAUCCAUUGGUGGGCGAACGCGACGAAGGCGUGGACUGGCGGUAUCGAGACACGCCCCUUUUACCUCACGGUGCCACUCGGAACCGAACGUUCGCGCUUCGCGCUGUACCAGGGACACGAGGAGGCAAAGCGUCGGUUUUACAUCGCGAGGAUCGUGUCUGUUACGCUUCCGAUGGUGAACGUGUUUCGAUGACGCAUGAUCUCCGAGAAGAGAGCAGAGAUUUGAACGAUCGACGACGGAGAAGUUCGGUUUAAAUUCGACGUGGGAGGAGGGGGCGUGACGGUCACGUGAGGCGCGAACGACAGCCAACGGGGCGACCGGCGGGGGCGUUGCCCGUGGACAGGGGUCGGGUCUUUCGACGCGGCAAGAACGAAACGGAGACGGGAAAGGCGACGGAUAGACCCCAAAUCCCACCGAGAGAGCGACCAAGCCGAAUGAAAUAUUUUCAGCAAGGCAAGCCGCGACUUUUUAAUAUUAAACGUAAUGAUACUCCCGCACGUCGUUGUUGUAUCAACAAUUGACCUUAUCUAUAGUGAAACGCAAUCAUAUUGGUUGUUGCAGAAGAUUUACCGCGGCCGACACAUCAAAUAUAAAAUGGUGGGAUUCGGGUCGUACCGACGCACCGAAAAGAUCCACGCCUGUCUCUCGAGGCGCCACGGUCUUCGAGCUUUAUUUAUUCCAUGCGUUUCGGGGGUGUGCGAGCGCGCGAAUUUUUCGCGGGAAUUUUUGCGAUCGUCGCGAUUUAUUUUUAUACAAAAUGACGGUAUCUCUUUUCGUUUCUUUUUUUAAGUCUUUUGUUUUCGUCUUUUGUAUCGUGUUAAAUUGCGUGUCGCGCGGCAAUCUGGAGUUUCUAUCGAUCGACUGGCUCCAUCGACGAUCCCCGUCGUUGGAUGCAGCUGGAGAGGGGGGGCGGUUCACUCGGCGAAAGACACGCCAGAUUGAUGAAUCGUCGCGGUUUGUGUCCGUUCGUAGUAAUUCUACGCGUUUCGACGAGUAUCGUGAACACGCGUUGGUUGUCGUUCGUUAUCCAGAGUCGGGGGGAGGGGGGGAGGGGGGGGGGGGGGUGAGAAGGAGUUUGAAGGAGGGCGACAUUUCGCACGAGAGACUACGCCGUUGACUUUUCGCGAAUCAUUCGUCCAGCGACGAGGUGUCUUUUCUUCUUUUUUUUUUUUUUAUUUUAUCUCGGGGGCGGGGGUCUGACGGGUAGAACGAUAAACAAAUUAAGAAGCUAAAGAGAAAAACCGUACGGGCUAAACGAGGGAACCACCACAAAGCAAACCAAAAAUUACAAAAAAAGGCAAAAAAAAAUUACAAAAAAAAAAACAUACAAACACAUAUACACUUCACACGCAUACAGAAGAAGAAAAAAAAAAUGAACAAAAAAACAAAAAAUAAAUAAAAUAAUAAUAACAUAAAUUACACGCAAACGUUUACAAAGUAAAAGAAAAAACACGAGACCUGUUUAGAAAGAGGUCGUUAACGGGAGGGAUAACGAGCAAACAUAAUUAACAUUUUACAAAAUAAGAAGUUUCAUUAAGUGAUUAACGAUGAAUGUCUCUUGAACGUGUAGAUUGUUGAUGAACGCACCUUCGUAAGUUAUAUUCCUUUUCUUCUUCUUCUUUUUUUUCUUUUUUCUUUAUAUUUCUUUCUUCUUUUUUUUCUUUUUUUUCUUUAUUUUUUUCAUUUUUGUCUCGUAAAACUUUUCGUUUCGUUUCGUCGUUGCCAUCCAGUCGUUGUACGUGCCGUAUAUCUCAUAAAACGAUGGAUUUAUCGUUUUUGAUCUGGGUUCGUAGUACCUUGUAGCGAGAUAAAGAUGUAUGUAUUCUAUAUAUUAACAGGGACACACUCGCCCGAUGUAUUGCAGCGCGGCUUUCCGGCUCGAAACGAACGGAAAACACAAACACAUACACGUAUAUAUACACACACGUAUAUAUAUGGAAAUCAGACGAUACCGAAGCGCAAUUACGAGAAUAAAAAAAAAAAACAAAAAAAAAAAAAACCAUGUUCUUCAAAGCGAUACGACGGGGCGCUCGAGGAUCUUCACAAACCACCCCCAACGUAUCUUUGUUUGGCUUCUUCCCUUCGACUAUUUAACGACAGCCCAACGAUUCGAGCGAACAAAAUUGCUACUUAAAGAAACAAACGUCCUGGUUAAAAAAAAUACUUUUCGUCGCGAAAUUCAAAAUUCAAAAUUCAAAAUUCUCCAUCGACGAAGUAUCGAGCGCCUCUGA